AACCCUGAGCAGAGUAGAGGUUGCUGUGUUGUGCUUCUGAGGAAACUGUUGAAUUGAGGCAUUGUGUUCUUGAGAUAGCACACAUAUUUCACUGAACAGGGGGGGGGGGGGGGGGGGGGGAGACGGGACUUAAAAAGGCACCUUGUGUGCGAAUGUUGGCAGAUAGUUGGAGGCAAAGAGAAUGUGAACAAGGUCUAGGCAACCCCGGUGCAGCAAAUCACUAGUUGAAAACCCCUCGCAAGUGGAGUUAGCUCAGACAUUCCAAAGUCCUGACACAGCCCAGGGAACUCUGCUUCGCAGCUUAUCUGAGGUUAGCCUGGUAUUUCACAUGCUGAAUCUGCCACUGAACUUUCACUCACUGGAGUACAAUAGCUGCAGCUGAGUCUGCACACAACUGUCUGUAUCCGAGCAGAGCAGUCACCGCUGGAGAGAGGCACAACAAGCCUGUGUGAAAUGGGUUACAGCUGGAAGUGAAACGAAAUAUGAAUUUGAAGACUGCAUGAGGAAAAAUAAUUUUCUUUAACUGCAAAGGCAAAAAACAAAAUCGCUUUUCACUAAACGAUUUGUAAUAUCCAUCGUGAAGGAAGCAGCAUGAAUUUCUAAGCCUGCAAAAUGGCUGAUUUCUCCCAGCUAAUGUGGAAGAUACAGAACAGAAUCCUUUAUGUCAUACAAUGCUUGAGAGUCCAGCUGCUCACUGUUUGAACGAUCAUGGGUUUUAGCAACUGGUAAAGUUUCGCUGACUUUGAAACUCCCACUAAAGGGAUAGGCUCUGAGUUCAACCUUUAUUGAUGCUAGGCUUCAGCAGGGACAUCUUCAGAACCGCCACCGUAUACUCCAUGCUAUGACAGUCAAAGAAAAUAAUCAGAAGAAUACCAAGAGUCCUUCUUUCAUCAUGACCUCCGAAGGAAUAGCUGCUUCUGUGUUUGCGACUGUGGGCCCAGGUAAGAUGAUAUCUGGCCAGUCAGCUGAAGAUGAAAAUAGGUUGAGUAAUUCGGGCUGUGCUAUUAAAAUAAACCAUGUUGUCAAUGAGGGAAUGCUGGCUGUAGAUCCUCUGUCAGUCCUUCGGGGUGCUGCUGAGGCUCCUGCAGAAUUGCAGGGGGUAGCACACACGACGGGGUCAGUCAUGUCUGUGGCACAACUGACGACAAAAUACAAUGCUGCAGGUGGAGUCGAGCUUCAGGGUAGAGCAAUGGGAGGCUCGGGCUCAAGUGUGGGGAGCCCCACUGGAAACAGAGGCCGGUCUAACCAGGGACAAUGUGAUUCUAGCUUGUUGUCAGACAACCUCAAGCCAUGCCACUCGCAAACAGAUGGAGAUGCACGCAGGAACCUCGAGAUUCAACCCUCGGUCUUGGGUGAAGGGAUCAAAAACCCAACCGAAGAAAAAUCUUCAAUGGGUACGUCAUCAACGUUCAACCGUGCAGUAGUAGAAGACACUUGCUUGAAGAAAAAGCACCAUGUCAGCUGUGAGGAUAAGCACAACCACGUCUUUCAUCCCGAACAGUGUUCUCCGCAGACUUCAUUCUUCCACGUUGAAGAUGCCUGUCGAUCUUCAGCUUUUACUAGUGCAUCACACACGUUACUGCAAUUUCCAAAGGACUGCGUUGUAGAGGGUGUACACAACCAUAACUAUGCUUGUCCGAGCGUGCGAUCCACAGAGGCAGGGUUAGGCGUAGACCAAAGAAAGCUGAAGGUGAAACCACUGACUGAAUGGUUUGUUGCAGGUCAUUUGGUCAACCGCUUUCCUCUGAGGCCUUCAGUCAGCCAUUUUGAUGAUUCGGAUGAUGCCUGUGAUGAAGGAAUGGAAGAUGAGUUUAACCGUAACAGAAAGGAGCGCUCCACGUUACUGUUUAGACGAUACAACAAGAAUAACAGGGAAGUGAAGAAAUCUGUUUACACGGGAUCUAAAGCACGCACGAGAAGAUUACCGUCGGGACGCAUUGGCGCGACGGCGAGCAACUCUGUCAGACAAAAGAGAAAUCCUAGCCACCAUGUGAAAGUUCCCAGAGUUCUCAAUGAGAAGCACAUGAUAUGCCAAGCUCUGCUGAUGGCGGAUAUGUGGACCAGACCCAGCAGGUACAAGGUAAGAUACCACCACUGCUGCUGCUACUUUAACUGAUUUGUGUAUUUAUUAUCCAAGGCUAUUUAUUAUGGAUUCAAUUGGUGGUU